CCGCCAAAUCCUCGAAAACAUCUACGAAUCUUAGAGUUGCGCAACACAGUAUUCCUGUGCCUACCACAAUAAAUAUUCUCAAAAAGUAAGGCGCAUACAUUAAUGAUAAGGAAUUUCUGAGGUCAGCUUUUUGAGCCAAUUCGGAUACGAUACUGAAGUCAACAUUGGCUGAGAUCCUACACUUUCGAGCACUUUGGGAUAAGAAGUUUACGAGAUUUUUCACAGGCGCAAACGAACGACAAGACAUCACCAGUAAAUUAGAAGAUAGCGGCUGGCACUCAUAUUAUGGCGAAAUUAAACAAUACAAACCCUGCCUUCAAGGCCCCGGUUCGGAAAACGAAUGCCACAAACCAACAAAGCCCUGUUGAGCCAAGAAAGGGAAAUGGAAUGGGGAAGGAUGAAAUCGCAAAGAAGGGUGAGGAGGGUGGAACGUCGGCAAAAAUUUCUGCCCGAAAGACAUUUGGAACGGUUACUCAGUUCAACAAUUCGGAUAGUCCCAGGGCACCAGUCGCGCAGAUGAUUGCGGAUAUGGAAAAUGAGGAGGACCAAGAUGAUGACUCAGCGGACGAGAUAUUGGGCGGACGCAGGGCUGGCGUAGAGGAGGAAGAGGACGAAGACGAUGAAGCUGGAGUUCAAAACCAGUUCCAGCGAGAAGUGGCACUUCCGGAUUCAACAAAAUCUCCAAAAAAGCCAAAAUCGUCGAAAAAGCAACUUGCAAGGAAGACGGCAGCAAUACAAAACUCUGAGGCCCAUCAAGAGGAGACUGCGCAGCACGGUAAACCGCGAGAGGGGCAACAACCAACUCCGAUCAGCAAGGGACGAUUGGGAGAUGAUAUGUCAGCAGAGAAAGAGACUUCGCGCAGUAGAGGAAGACCGAAAAAGUCAGCCGGUUCGAUGGCAACACCUGGUAAAGAAACUGAAAUUAUAGUGUCGUCGAAGAAAUAUUCAAAAACUAGCGGCAGACCUAAAGCCUCCAAGAAAAUUAUUCCCGCAGUUGAACAAGCCGAAAACGAGGAUGAAGACGAGGGUCAAGAAGUUGGAGAAGACGAGAAUCAAGACGAGGAUGAAGAUAACGGAGACGGCGAUGAUUCCGAGGGCGAAAAUGCGACGGAAGGUCUCACCAAAGAAUCCUUUCAACCCCGUACAGUGCGAGCCUCGCGAAUAGACGGUGAGGGAAAUGAGCAACUGCUUAUUGAGUGGGCAGGAUACCCACUUCAGAAAGAUUGGACCUGGGAGUCAAUUGGAAGGUUGAGGGAGUCAUGCCCGGAUAAAGUUAAGGAAUGGGAGAAUGGCGUGCAGAAAGCAGCGGCUGAUAUCCAAGAGGUCGAAGAGAUUCUGGACAAGCGAACGUUCAGGGGUAAGCUUCAAUAUCGUGUGAAGUGGGACGGAUGGCAACAUAAACACAACACAUGGGAGCCGGCGGAAAUGUUAGAAUUCGAUGUCCCGUAUAUGGUAGAGGAUUUUGAGAAGGCGCUAAAGAAGAAAGCGGAAAAGAAAGGAAUAGCAAGAAAGCUAGGUGCGGACGCAGAGCUACCUGCAGCUAAGAGAAGGGGCCGACCCAGGAAGUAAGGAAGACUUGUGGUUUCAAGGUUGUGAGAAUAACAUUCGGGACUUUGGGGCGGGUUGAGUUGAUUAAUGGUUAAGACAUUUCGAGGUGGAGUUCACAGGAUGCACGAUACCCCAGUGAAAUUUUCAGGAUUGCAUUUGCUUUGCUUUGCUCAUGUUUGUUGUUAAGAUACUGAUACAACUAUGGAACAUUUUACUCUCGUUAAAUCAGGAAUGAAGAUCUUUCUCAUAUGCCAUUCUUUUCCUACAUAUUUUGAUUGCUACUAUAAUGGAUAGGAUUUGCUGUAGCUAUAGAUGGAUUUA